CAUUUUUUGAGCGUAUUGAAACCGCUCCGACUGCGCCCAAACGUCCGUCUUUUGUAAACAAUAAAGUCGCCAUUCAUUUCUACGUGGAGCCUGGCGCUCCCUGUUCUGCACGAGAAGUCACAGCCUUUCCCGCACCUCCCAAUCUUGCGCUUGAUCGAGAAUGCCGUCCAUACCGCCCUCAAAACUCAUUGCCCUACAGUCAAACGCGCAGAACAUUCGCAACAUAUGCAUCCUCGCCCAUGUUGACCAUGGCAAGACUUCCCUCUCAGACUCCCUCAUUGCCACAAAUGGAAUCAUAUCACCAAAGAUGGCGGGCAAAGUCCGUUAUCUGGACUCUAGACCGGACGAGCAAGUACGAGGCAUCACAAUGGAGAGUAGCGCCAUUAGUCUAUAUUUCAGUAUGAUGCGGAGGCAGCAGGAGAACGUGGAGUCCAAGAAAGAGGAAUACUUGAUAAACCUGAUAGACAGUCCCGGACAUAUCGAUUUCUCCUCAGAAGUCAGUACCGCUUCACGACUAUGCGAUGCCGCAGUGGUUCUGGUCGACGCUGUGGAAGGUGUGUGCUCGCAGACAGUCACGGUGCUGCGGCAGGUAUGGAUAGAAAAACUGAAGCCCCUACUGGUCAUCAACAAGAUCGAUCGCUUGAUCACCGAAUUGAAGAUGAGUCCCGCCGAAGCAUAUUCACAUCUCGAAAGAAUCCUGGAAGGUGUCAAUGCUGUUAUUGGCGGCUUCUUUCAAGGCGAAAGAAUGGAGGAGGAUUUAGAGUGGAGAGAAAAGAUGGACCAGAAAAGAGCGGCGAAAGACCAGCAGAAACAGGAUGCCUUGGACGAAAAUGCCAGUGAGGCCGAUUUGGACCAACAGUACGAGGAGCGAGACGACGAGGACUUGUACUUUGCGCCGGAGAACAAUAAUGUCAUCUUCGGAAGUGCCAUUGAUGGGUGGGCUUUUACAAUACGACAGUUCGCGGGCAUCUAUGAGAAAAAAUUGGGCAUAAAAAGAUCAGUACUAGAGAAAGUGCUAUGGGGAGAGUUCUACCUGGAUCCGAAGACCAAGAAAGUUCUAGGAGCAAAGCAUCUCAAAGGCCGGAGUCUCAAACCCAUUUUUGUUCAGCUUGUCCUGGAACCUAUAUGGCAAGCCUACGAUGCUACAGUGGGAGUCAGUAGUGGGCGUGGUGAUCCCGCCCUACUGGAAAAGAUCACGAAAUCAUUAUCGAUCAACCUACCAGCUCACAUUGCCAGAUCCAGAGACUCCAAAGCGAUAUUGCAGGCCGUCUUCUCGUCGUGGCUCCCACUAUCGACGGCUCUUCUUGUCUCUGUAAUCGAAUACCUUCCGAGCCCACCGAGCGCACAGGCAACACGAUUACCAGAAAUGAUCGACGAUCUAGUCAGUGCAAAGUACAUUGAUCAAAAUCUAAAAGAGUCAAUGAUCAACUUCAACACGACCAAAACGGCACCCGUCGUCGCAUAUGUCAGCAAAAUGGUGGCCAUACCCGAAAGCGAGCUCCCUUCUAAGAGAAGAAAGCUUGGAACCACACUGACAGCAGAUGAAGCCAGAGAGCUUGCAAGGCAGAAGCGCGCCGAAAUAGCAAAGGCGCAAACCGAUGCUGAAGGUGCAGCUAGCGCCAACGGGAUCACGAAUGGCUUGAACAAUACAAGGAUAGGCGAAGAGGACGGAGAGGAUGUUACACAGGAACAGCCUGAAGAUCCGGAGCACCUAAUUGGCUUUGCAAGGUUGUUCUCGGGAAGUUUAUCUGUAGGCGAUGAAGUCUAUGUUCUGCCACCCAAGUUCAAUCCUGCGUUCCCACACGCAUCUCCGGAGCCAAAGAAAGUUCCUAUAACAGCUCUCUAUCUUCUUAUGGGCCGCGCGCUGGAGCCUCUGGACAAGGUUCCGGCAGGAGUGGUUUUCGGAAUCGAAGGACUGGAAGGACAUGUCCUAAAGACUGGCACGCUAUGUUCGCAACUAGAAGGAAGCGUCAACAUGGCCGGCAUAACCAGUCUGAGUCAACCCAUUGUCAGAGUUGCCCUGGAACCGACGAACCCUAUGGACCUUAACAAGAUGAUCAAAGGCUUGAAAAUGCUGGAGCAAAGCGAUCCCUGCGCCGUAUACGAGCAAAUGGAAAGUGGUGAGCACGUCAUCCUCACGGCUGGAGAACUGCAUCUGGAACGGUGUCUCAAAGACCUGCGGGAGCGCUUUGCGCGUUGCGAUAUCCAGCCAGGUGAACCGAUCGUGCCGUAUCGCGAGACCAUUGUCAAAGCCGAGGAGAUGGAGCCUCCGAAGAAUAAGGAUCUUCCGCGAGGUACGGCCAUUGCCGUGACGGCUUCAAAGACAGUGUCGGUGAGAUUACGAGUGCGGCCGUUACCGCGCAAUGUCACAGAUUUCCUCAUCAAGACUGGACCCUCGAUCAGGCGACUCUACGCUGAGAAACAGAGUCAAGAAGAUGCACAGAAGGACGGGGACGGAGCGGAAACGGAAAACAGCGAGACGGUGGCUGAUUUCAGCAACGAUGCCGGCCAUGAUAGGGGCAUCCUCUCUUUACAGGAGUUUCGGAAGCAACUUCAAGUGGCGUUUGACGAAGCUAAGGAAGAAAAGGAAGUAUGGCAGAAGGUAAUACCUAGAAUCUGUGGGUUCGGUCCUCGGCGAGUAGGCCCCAAUGUUCUCAUUGACGCUACUGGUACGGAUACCUGCAAGCGUUUCUUGUUCGAGCAGCACGAACUCGAAGACGUCGAGGAAAGCAAUGGUACGACGAAUGGCCAUAAAGCAGAAGAUUCUUCUCCGACAAAACCCACGCAAGACUUCUCGGACACCAUCGCAUAUGCUUUUCAACUUGCCACGUCGCAGGGUCCUCUGUGCAGAGAAACUACGCAAGGCGUGGCCGUCUUUCUGGAGGAGAUCAUUCAGCAGGAGGCCACCGACAAUUCAGAUCCGGCUGGUGAGUCGGGCCGCUUGACUGGUGAGCUCAUAACAUCUGUUCGUGAGAGUAUCCGGGCAGGGUUCUUGGACUGGUCACCACGUAUCUUGCUUGCCAUGUACAGCUGUACAAUCCAAGCCACUCCCGAGGUUCUUGGAAAAGUGUACAGCGUACUGACUCGACGACGUGGUGCAAUUCUGUCCGAGUCUCUGCUCGAGGGGACGCCGUAUUUCACCAUCGAAGCAACAUUGCCUGUUGCCGAGAGUUUCGGUUUCAGCGAGGAGAUCCGGAAACGAACUUCAGGGCUGGCACAGCCAAUGCUGAAAUUCGUGGGUUUCGAGGUGCUUGAUGAUGUUGAUCCAUUCUGGGUGCCGAAGACUGAGGAAGAGCUUGAGGAUCUCGGUGUCCAUGGUGAGAGGGAGAAUGUGGCGAAGAAGUAUGUCGAUGCCGUCAGGAGGAGGAAGGGCUUGCUGGUCAGAGGUGCCAGGGGUGGACGUGAAGCUGAGAAGCAGAAGACGUUGAAGACGAACUAAAUAGCGUUCUUCAUUGAGAAAUUCA